ACGAUAAGACUCUCAGAAUUGUACGAUUAUUCGACGUAUAAAUAAGAGUAAUGUGAAUCACUUGUUAGUGUCAAAUAAAAUUUCAUUAUUGAAAGGACUAUCAAUUUAUAAAAUGAAAUUCGAAAUAUUUACUUUAUGUGUGAUCACACAAGUGUUUAUUGCAACGACAUUCGCAGAAGAUAGAGUUGAAGCAACUGUUGAUCUGGUGCAAAUCAACCCAGAAGUAACGUAUCUCGUCGAAGAAGCAAUGAAAAAAUUUAAAACUAGUUUCUCUGAAGGGGUACUCAGUGAAAAUCUGUUUUAUCCGACACAACAAUACUAUAACGAUAUUUGGAUAAAAUAUGCUAAAGUAAAAAUCAUUAAUGGAGAAAGACAGUACGAAAUAAAAACUAAGUUAUUUAGAUAUGGUCCAGAACGAAAAAUCUACGCACACGCCGAAUGUUCGAUUACAGUAAAAACAAAUACUCUUGAUCCUUAUGAAGUUGACUGCUACAUUUCUACUAGGAACGGAUGUUUUGUUUAUUAUGAUACACGUCAACCUCACAUAUACAAAACUUGUAAUCUUCAAUUAAUACGCACUUUAAAAAAAAAUUAAUUUUUUCCGAGCUAUCAAUCAUCCACUUCGCUGUGCU